AUUUCCCACAGCUCCCAUGAAAAGUAAAAGCUGGCCUAGGGAUCUUCCGGCGUCCUACGCCGACCUUGGCAUUGCUCAUCGCCGGUAUAUAAGCCGCGCCCGCCGAAUCCGGCGCAUACCCACACAGAUACCCAACCCGAUAACACCAUGAAAUCGAUCAUCCUAGCAGCGGUCCUCUCGGUAGCCGUGGCUCAGGGCCCCUACCGCUUCCAGCCCAGCUACCAGGCCUACCAGCAGCAGGCCUACCAGCCUAGACCCAGGUCAUAUGAGGGCAACGCGCAAAUCCUGAGGUCUGAUGCCGAGGUCAACGAUAGAGGAUUCCAUUACGCUUUUGAGACAGAUAAUGGUAUCCAAGCCGAAGAGUCAGGCCAAGAAGCGAACGGCAUCCAAGCUCAAGGCAGCUACUCAUACACCGGUGACGACGGCCAAGUGUACCAAGUCCGGUACACCGCUGACGCCAACGGUUUCCAGGCCCAGGGUGCUCACCUGCCGACCCCACCGCCUGUUCCUGAAGCCAUCGCCAGGGCUUUAGCGGAGAACGCCAGGGAUGAAGCUAAUGGCAUCUUUGAUGAUGGGAGCUACCACGAGAGCAACUCCGGAGUCGUCGCGGCCCGCACCUUCCCCUCCCCCCCUCGGUACACCCCCCCUCAGACCCGCCGCUACUUCUGAACACCACAACUCUUCUGAGUGCCAUAUCGCUUAUACUAGCUGCAAAACUAAGUGGCGAGUCAGGUCAUAGUGCCAUUUCUUUCACUCUUGGUUGGUACAAGGGUAAAGGAGACAGCAUUAUGAUCUCAGUCCCUAGUUAGUUUUGCGGCAAGUAUAGUCAUAGUUGUAGUUUUGUACACAGUGAUGCAAUAAAUAGGAUAACAGUGAUGUAAUAAAGUUAUCUAAUUUUA